UGCACCGACAGCAGAACCGAAAUCGAAGGAAUCCCGGUCGAGCCCCGUCACGUUUCGCUCGUCUCUCCCACUCCCAUCCCGGUCACCGCGGUUUCCUCUGCGGCUCGAGCGCCUUUUCACGCCGCCGUGUCGCAGGACUGACCGCUGGAGUGUGGGGGGAUUUUCCAGAGAUAGAGAGAGAGGGGGAAGAGGGAGGAAGGGCAGGUCCCUCAUCAUCAUCAUCAUCACCAUCACCACCACCACCACUUUCACUCCCUUCAUCAUUUCCAAACAUCAUCAUCUUCAACGCGACGAGGCGUGUCUGCGCUUACUAGAAACACACCGGGACACAAAACCAGCAGCAGCACCGAACAAAAUGCAUCGCGUUGACCGCACGCCGAGCCCGGACGCCGUUUGAUGUAGCACGUUGUAUUAUUUAUUUAUUUUUUGAUCUGGAAAUUUCUUGACUUUGUUGAAAGAGCGAGCGAGCACUGCGGCCUUGCAUCCAGCUGAAUGAACGAUGCGGACUUUACCAGCACCCUGAUUUAGCUCCGCAUUUCCCACGGAUGACCGUUUCACCGCGCCAAACAGCGUCUCUUUUCUCCGAUCUGCGUGUUUUUAUGGGAGUGACGGAUAGCUAGUAGCCGAUAUAAAAUGUGGAAGUGGAGGCGGCUGAUGCGGUUGUCCAACCGCUCCUUAAUGGCCUUCAUCUUUUUCUUCUCCAUGUCCACGACCUGCCUCUACUUCAUCUAUGUGGCUCCCGGAAUAGUCAACACAUAUUUCUUCAUGGUACAGGCUCAGGGCAUCAUGUUACGAGACAAUGUGCGGACCAUUGGUCACAUGAUCAGGCUAUACACCAAUAAGAACAGUACUCUCAACGGCACAGAUUAUCCAGAUGGAAAUAACUCGAGCGAGUAUAUCGCUCAGCCAACCACAUACCUCCCUGAGAACUUCACAUAUGCUCAGAACCUGCCCUGUCCCAAACGGUUACCUUCUAUGAAGGGUCAGAUGGAAGUGAACAUGACAGAGGUUCCUAUGGAGGAGAUUGAACUGAAGCUCAAACAUCUGGACAUUCAAUUUGGAGGCCACUGGAAGCCCAAAGAUUGCAAACCACGCUGGAAGGUGGCCAUUUUAAUCCCCUUUAGGAAUCGCCACGAGCAUCUUCCCAUUCUCUUUCAGCACCUCGCCCCUAUGCUCCAACGCCAGCGCUUGCAGUUUGCCUUUUAUGUCAUUGAACAGACGGGUACUCAGCCGUUUAACCGUGCCAUGCUGUUUAACGUGGGCUUUAAAGAGGCCAUGAAAGACCUGGACUGGGACUGUGUGGUGUUUCACGACGUCGAUCACAUCCCAGAAAACGACCGUAAUUAUUACGGCUGUGGUCAGAUGCCUCGACACUUCGCUGCCAAGCUUGACAAGUACAUGUACAUUCUUCCCUACAAUGAGUUUUUCGGUGGAGUCAGUGGACUUACUGUUGAACAAUUCCUCAAGAUCAAUGGCUUUCCCAAUGCAUUCUGGGGCUGGGGCGGAGAGGAUGAUGACCUCUGGAACAGGGUACAUUACGCAGGUUUCAAUGUGACCAGGCCAGAAGGUGAUAUUGGGAAAUACAAAUCUAUCCCCCAUCACCACAGAGGAGAGGUGCAGUUUCUGGGGAGGUACAAGCUGCUGAGGUACUCUAAAGAACGACAGCAUCUGGACGGCUUGAACAAUCUGCAGUACUCUCCGGAGAUCUCUCUGAGCAGCCUGUAUAAGAACAUCACGGUCAAUCUGAAUCCCGAGCUUGCCCCCAUAGCAGAGUACUGACAGGCUGUGACCCGCGAGUCAAAAAAUGUGAUGUAUCGAUGCCAAAUGCCCUUAAAAAACAGGAGCGAGGAGGGCAGAGGCCUGUCUAAUGCACAGUUAGUUGCGUGACGUGAGUGUGUGUGUGUAUGUGUGCGAUUACUGGAUCAUAUCUGUGAAAGUGUAUUAGCGUGACUGCGUGCGUUUAAUUGCAUGUUCCUAUGUCCAUGCUGGCUUUAGCGAAUCAAAUCACAACACAUUUCAAAAAAGGUGGGGAGUGCCAGCGUCAACAAAUCCGAUGUUUACUGCAAAGCCUUAAGUGAAUUUUAUAGGCUAUCAAACUCUGUAGAUCCAGUCAUCUGUGCUUACAUUGUAGAAAGCUUGGUUUUACAUUGCAACAGCACUCUUGACGCCAAUAGACGUUUUGUCAUGUUCUGUUAGUAUAAUUUUUUUUAUACAUAUCUAUCGUUUUUUAAAGAGAAAAUUGUUUAGAAGACGUCAAUGCAGUUUAAAUGGAUGUAUUUUAAACCUGUCUUUCACUUCAGAUGGUUUUGUUCUUGUAUUACGAUAUACAUUUCACCUUGGUGGUGUUAUAUAUAUAUAUAUAUAUUUUUU